AUGGAGUAGGUGAAGUAUAAGGACAAGGAUUUGAGUUAUAGUUCAAUAAAGGGUGAUUACCUAAUCACUGGAUACACAUCUGCAAAGAAAAGUAUGCUUGAACUCAAAAGAAUCAAGCACAAAAACUCAAGUUUGACUACAGCCAGCAAUAACUUUAACUCAGGAAUUAAUGGUCCAGUCUAGGAUUAUAUUGCUUGCGAGUUGCCUGAGGGAACUGCAAUCACAAAAGUUUAGAUAGUCAAAACUGGAACUAUAGAUAAUCCCACAGACAUUGUGAUUAUUCUAAGGAGAAAUUCCUGGAUUAUUGAUAUCAAGGAGUUGAAAGAGUGUGAAAACUAAUUCUUACACAUUAACUCACUGCAUAUAAUGCAAUGGGAUGAAAAUAGAUAACCGAUGAUAAUCGAAGACUUUAAGAUUAUUGAAGGAAGAAUAUUUCUUAACUUUGCUCAUCUUCACAUUUACCUGUUUGAUGUAGCAGAUUUGUUGAACUAAACUCAAGAGGAAUUCGAUACUUCAAGAUGUAAUCGCUUGGAAAGAUUUUACAUUAAGAAUGAGUAAAAUAUAUAUAAGAUCUAGAGUAUAGACCUUAUAAUGUUUCAGCAAACACCUCUCUAUGUAAUAACCAAAGAAUCCUAGGAUCCAUCAGCUUAACAUUAACUUGAGAUUUACAAAGCAGAUUACAUCCAGUAGGUCUAAGAACUGAAUAUCAUUCCAUUUUUUUCAAGCCAACUGGAGUAAUCCUAAGAGUACUAAUAGCUAUUGGCUUUGGACUAAAUAAAUAACAGAGAGAGAAUGAAUUUUAUCAGUGCUUAGGAUAUAAUGACAAGAGGGUAGACCAGAAAGAUACUUGAUACACUCUCGACAGAUUUAGGAUUUUUCAUAUUGGCAAAGGAGGGCAGAAGCUUGAUUAUGUAUAUGAUUGAAAGAUACUCAGGAGACUUAAAUGUGACUUAGGUUAACAAUGCCUAGCUACUUAAAGAUCGUAAAAUAGUGGAUGAUAUCAUGGGUGCUAGAAUCAUGCCUGACUCUAUAGAUCAAAUUUAUGACGGAGUCUAGGCUGAUAUUAUUGUAUUAAGUUCAAAUGGAUAACUAAUCAGCCAGCUUAGAGUUAGUCAAAAAAGAACGACGCUAAUCUAAGAAUGUGCAAAUCUCAAUAGGGAUAAAUUGCUCAAAAUUCCAAGAGCUAUCUCUCAAUAAAAAGAUCUUGAUUUCCUAGGACCUAAUGCACAUUUAUUUGAAAAGUCAGACCCAAGAGUUAAAAUGCAAGUCAAGGUGCAAACAUCUAUGGACUUAGUAAACAGGUUCUUGAAUCUAAGUCAAUAUAAGAAGUUAGCUGAGUUUGUGCUCAUGAAAACCAGCGACAGGGAAUAGGAAUUUGUGUUUGAUGAAAUAGGCUCGCUUGAAGAAAUAAUGCAAUCUAGAAUUGAUUCGUAAAGAGUUGAUGAUACUGCUGAGAUCCUCAGUCAUGUUAAGUACUACCAGGCUACAUAUUAGCCAAACUAAAAGAUAUCAAUUCAAUUUAAAAAACUUGUUGAAUAGGAUAUUGGAGUUCAGAUUCUUAAGUUAGAAGGCUAUCAAACUGUGUACAACGCAAUGAGAAAAAGAGAGAUUCAAUAGCAGCAAGUUAACUCAAUCAACAAUAAAGUCUAUGAGGAAAACUCUAAAAUAUACCUUUAAUAGCUAAACAGAUACAUUAUUGAGAAAAUAGAUAAGUAAAGCAACUUCUUCAAGUUGCUGCUGUUUAUGGUGCAAAGUGAAUACUUGCCUUCUAUUUUCUAACUUGAAUUAGAUUCACCCUAGAUCAUUUAAAAUCUGUAAAAGAGAUUAUUCUUCGAAGAUAACUGCAUUUCAGAAUUAAUAAAAGAUGCUGCACCUGAUCUCUUACAAUUCUACCCAUUCACAUAAGUUGAACAGUACAUCUCGUUAUUUGACUAAUCAGUUUUGCCAGUCAAGCCACUAGCUAUUAUUUACUAUCACCUUCUAGAACUGGUUGAUAUCAACAGAGAUUCAGAUUAUGCUAUACCUACAUUCCUACCCUAUUUCAGACAAACUUUGUAAAGACUACUACCGCAAAAAGUUUAAAAUGAAGUUGAAGCACUUUGGAACUUAGAUCACUUAGAUCUAAGCCAUUUAUUCCUCAAUCAUAAUCAAUUAUGUGCUGAUGCAAUAGCUAAACUUUUAAGAGGAAGAACCUUUGCUGAUCUUGAUUAUUUAGUACUUAAAAAGCUUAUAUCCUCUAAUAUUCAUCAAUAUACUUAAGCUAUGGCUUUCAUCAAUUAGGGAGGUUGCUAAUCCCCCAGUUAACUUAGAGAUCCAGAGGUCUUGAAACUUAUUGUUGGACUGUUUAUUCAAUAAUCAAAACACUCACUAGCUAUCGAUUUCCUGAAGAAUAAUGAGGAUAAGUUAAGAGAGUAGCCAUUUAGACAAUCUAUGUAUCAGAUUAUUGAAUCUUUAAUAAAAACUAAUCAACUUGAAAAUGGUCUAUAUAAGUAAUCACUCUCAGAAAAGUAAAAGCGCAUUGCCUUAGAGUAGGUCGUUGGUGCUUUAUCCAAUGAACUUAAAUUUGGCAAUGAAGAGUCAAGCAGCUUCUAUGAUAAAUAGACUCAUAUGACAGACGAUUUGAAGAAUUUACUAUAAGUAAACUAUCUUAGUGCCAUUGGGCAAGAGAAGGUUCAUGCAGUAUAUAUGAAAACUGAACAGCCUGGUAGUUAAACUGAAUUCUAGAUUUAGCAAAAGAUAAGUUAGUAUAAUGGCAAUAUGAGGAUUAGUAAAUCUGGCAUGGGAACAAACUAGAAUGGUAGAGCACUCAGACCUCCAUUCAUACCUUCUGGAGGUGCAAACCUUCAUCUCGGUAGACUACAUGAGUUAAAGUGCAAGUUCAUGGCAGACCCGUUUUUCAAAGGACCAGCUGGAGAAUUCGAUCCAUCUUUCAAUAGAUCCCCGGCAGACAUGGCAUCAGCUGUGGACAGCAAUGACAUUAUGGAUGUUGAUGAAAAUCAGAAGUUAUAAGAGAAUGAUCAAUCCUCAACUAAUAUAAACAGAGGUGCCUAAAAGGUGAAACUAGGACUGGGAAUGCUAGAUAAAAACUAGCCAUUUAUAUAUGUAGAGGAUAAGUCUAAAAGAGAUUUAAUGAGAUAACUGCCUAUUUAGAUUCCUGCUUAUAACCCACAGGUUUAAUUCAACUAUCAAGCAUAAAGAGACUCCAUUUCACCUGAAAAAUCAAUGAUUCAUCAAAUCAAUCGAUCAUCCCACUCAAGAUCAUCUCCAAACAACUUUAGACAAUCUCCUGAUGGCCGAAAUAGAUCAAUAGAUGAAAAUAUAGUGAUUCCAAAUGAGCCAGACCUAAUGCACCAUCACUCAGGAAAUAAUGAGGAUUUAUUGAGAGACAAUGCAGACUAUGAACUUCUCCAACAUUAUGAUGAGCUAGAUGAAAAUCAAAGGAUUAGAGGUCUCCAUACUAUGUAGCAGAAUUCUGCAAAUCAUGAAGGUACCCAGUAUAGAUAAUCAGCUGGCAGUCAUGGAAUGCAAAACCAGUAAUAGAUGAUGUAUGAGCAUUAGCAAUAGCAAUAGGAGUAUUAAUAGAGAGAUAAUAAUAGUGCUAAUGUGAAACAAGGUCCCAAUAAUCUAUCGACUAUUUAAGAGUCUUUGGGAGAGAGUUACAUCUCAGGACCAGAUGCUGAGUUGCAAAGAAUGAUGAGAAGCCCACUUAUUAGUUAGCAGCACGCUUCCCAUAGAAACUCAAUCGACAAUAGAAAAGUGAGCGAAUUGCACAGAUUCAAUAUUGAUGAUGCCUAUAUGGGUAGAUCACAAUCACUACAAAGAAGUGAGUAUGAAGAUGAGAACAACUUAUUAAUUUAAGAGAUGUCAGAGAAUCAAGAGGACUUCGCAGACUUUGACGAAAAUGAAAUAGAUUUAAUAUCUGCUAAUGAAACACCUGAGUAGAGAAACCAAAGAAUUAACAAUAUUAGAUAAAGGAGAUAUGCUGAAGAGGAGGCCAGAAGAUAGAGAGGCUAUCAAAUGCAGGGUUAAUCUCACAUUUUAACAAGAUCAGAGACUAAAAAGCUUAAUCUGCAACCAGAGGACUUUGUUGAACUUACUCCAGGUGAAACUGCCUAAAAGCAGACUUUCUAAAGUGCUAGCAGAUAGUAAUGA